AAUUGGGAGAGUGGUAAUAAAAAAAAUUAAACGCAUGAUUAGACCAGCGGGAAAAUAUGUGAAAAUUACCUCAAAUGGUCUUCCUAAGGUCACCAAGCUACCGGACGACGACGGUGCAUUCUGUGGGCAAUUCUUCAGGUGCUCUUGAACCUCAUGCUCAUCGAGAGUGAAGCACGACCGGGUUCAAUAGCAUGUUCCUUGAAUGAGAGGGGUUUCAAACAAUGUCCUAUCACGGGCUAAUUACCAUCUGAUUAAAUGGGAAAAAAUUGCUGCAAACUCCAUCUCCUUGAGAAGUCUGAUCACGAUGGAGGCGGAUAAGGCCCCUUUCUUUGGCCGAAUUUGCCUCUUUUUAUUCCUGCAAUUAAUUUGUGAUCGAAUGGGGGGAUUUUGUGGCAAAUUCUUGCAGUGAAUUGAGUAAAAAUUUAAUCCACUUGGAGGAAAUUAAGUGGGGGCUCAAAUAUAACACCGUGCCAAAGGCAUUUGAGUCAUCAGUUGGUUUUCAGUGAGGCUCAAAUCAAGUCCCAGCACCAGGGAUUAUUGAGGAGUUUUGCCAAGAAGUGCUGUGAAAGUUGUUCCCCAAAGAGGACUACCAAGGACUCCUCGUAGUGCAUUUAAAAAACCAACGUAUCACAAAAAAUGAAGAUUGUGGUGACUUUAGCUGUGAUUUUCGUGAUUUUUCGCGAUGUGGAAUGUGUUGGGAAGCUCCAGGAGAGAUUCAGGUGGAAGGAGCUGGAUUUUGAGUUCCCGAAUCCUCAACUGAAACAGAGAGCCCUCAACACUGGUAGCUACAUCCCCAGGAAUGGUCUUCCCGUAGGCAUUGAACACUGGGGCAACAAACUUUUCGUCUCUGUGCCACGAUGGAAGGAUGGAAUUCCCGCCACUCUGACGUACAUUGAUCUCGACAAGACACCAUCGGGAUCUCCAGCUCUGAUUCCCUACCCAGACUGGAAGAGCAAUGCCCCUGAAGAUUGUCCAAAUGGCCUCAACACCGUCUACCGGAUCAAGGCGGACAUCUGUGGAAGACUCUGGGUUCUGGACACUGGAACUCUGGGCAUCGGCAACGCCACGAGGAAUCCCUGUCCCUAUGCCCUAAAUGUCUUCGAUCUUGGCACCAACAGACGCAUCAGACGCUACGUCCUCCGACCAGAGGACACAAACAUGAACACCUUCAUUGCCAACAUUGCCAUUGACAUUGGUGCCACCUGCGAGGAUACCUACGCCUACAUGUCCGAUGAACUGGGCUAUGGGCUUAUUGUCUACUCGUGGGAGAAGAACAAGUCCUGGCGCUUCGAUCACAGUUACUUCUAUCCCGAUCCCCUGCGAGGAGACUUCAAUAUUGGAGGUCUGAACUUCCAAUGGGGAGAGGAAGGUAUCUUCGGUCUGGCUCUGUCACCCUUCAACCCUGAUGGCUACAGGACGCUCUUCUUUAGUCCCUUGGCUAGUCAUCGAGAAUUUGCUGUAUCUACGAAGAUCCUGCGGGAUGAGAGUCGAGUAGAGGACUCCUACCAUGACUUUACAUUCCUGGAGGAACGAUCACCCCUUGGCCAUACAACAUCUCGUGUCAUGAGCGAUCAUGGAGUGAUGCUUUUCAAUCUUAUCGACCAGAACGCCGUUGGAUGCUGGCAUGCUUCCCUGCCGUACACUCCUCGCUACCACGAUGUUGUCGACCGAGACGACGAAGCCCUGAUCUUCCCCGCUGACGUCAAGAUCGACUUUAACAAUGACGUUUGGGUGAUCUCCGACAGGAUGCCCAACUUCCUCAUCGCCGAACUGGACUACAAAGACAUCAACUUCCGCAUCUUCCAAGCUCCACUUCACAGGCUCAUCUCUGGAACAAUCUGUGAUGUCAACAAACCCAUUCACGGCCAUAUUCAUGGUCAUCACUACGCUCCUCUGGAUCAGAUCUCUAGCCCUCAGUUGAUCUCUCAGCCAGCACCAACAUCCCCUCCCAGAUCUUCAUACACUCCCAAGGCCUAUUUCUUCAAUUCGCACAAUGGAGUGUCCCUGGAGAUGUCCUCACCAGUGGAGUACCAUCAUUUCCAGAGCACUCCCUCAGGCUACCACGGCUUCAAGGCUAAAUACUCACCAGUUGGACAGCUGUGGACACGCAAAUACUGGUGAUUUGUACCUCAGGAUUCCUGCUAAUUUAUUCCAUCAAUUCAUGGCCUGACGAAGGCUCUCCAGUAACAUCCUCAAUUGGACUUUUGUACUGUAUCAAGCAUUUUGUAAUAAAAGAGAUUUCGUUAAAAUUUAAAAUACUUUAAGCAAAAUAGGAGAGAAUUAUGUACGAAAUAAAAAGAGUAUUUUAUA